UACGGCACAAACCCAAAAAGCCCAAGAUCCACUCGAGCCACGGAUACUUUUGCUUGUCGUUAUUGGGUUUUUUUUUCCCCAUAUAUAUACAUGGAUACCAAGGUUUUAUCCACCGGAGUUUGCUACACGAGCUUGCCGCAAAGCUACAUCAGACCAGAAUCCGAGUGGCCUCGGCUGUCUGAAAUCUCUGCUUGUGAAGAUGUUCCCAUCAUCGACUUGGGUAUUGCAGAUAGAAGCAAAAUUGUCAAGCAAAUUGGCGAUGCCUGCAAAUCUUUUGGCUUUUUCCAGAUGAUCAAUCACGGCGUGUCACCGGAGGCAGUGCAGAAAAUGUUAGAGGUGGCUAUUGAGUUCUUUAGCCUGCCGGUGGAAGAGAAGUUGAAGCUCUAUUCGGAUGAUCCUUCAAAAACAAUGAGACUUUCAACAAGUUUCAACGUGACUUUAUUAUUAUGGAGGAAAAGGACGUGGAAAAAGUGUACUUUUCUUCAAAUGUGACUUUUUAUGUGUGUUUGUGUGCGCGAAAGAAGGAGAGUAGGAAAGUAAGACUUACUUGAAGGUAGGAGGAUUGGAGGGCCACUCAA